GGCUUGAGCUGGUAAGCCCAGACGUCGUGCAAAGAGGAGUGCCCUUGGCCCUCGGAGGAGGCGGCUCGAGGGCGGGACGCUGGGCGCACGGCGGUUUAAAGGCGCGGCGGGCAAGAGUCGAGAAGCAGUCCGUCCCGCAACAGCCAUCCCGAGCCGUUCUCACCCCAGCGACCGGGAACAGCAGUUUUUCCAACGUCUACCUGGCAAAGAUGAUCAAAAUCUCCCCGUCCCUCCUCUUGGUGCUGGUCGCCGCCGCCGCCUUGACCUUGGGCAAAUACAUGCCAAAGACGGGCAAGAGGAUCCCUCAAACUCUGUCCAGAGGAUGGGGCGAUCAGCUGAUCUGGGCUCAGACGUAUGAGCAAGCGCUCUACUGGGCCAGGUCCAGGAACAAGCCCUUGAUGGUUCUCUUCCACCUGGAGGACUGCCCGCACUCCCAGGCACUGAAGAAAGUGUUUGCCGAGGACGAUGAGCUCCAGAAAGUCCUCGAUGAGGACUUUGUCCUGCUCAACCUCAUGUAUGAAACCACCGACAAACAUCUCUCCCCGGACGGCCAGUAUGUUCCCAGAAUCCUUUUUGUCGACCCCUCGAUGACCGUGAGGGCCGAUGUCACCGGUCGCUAUGCCAACCGCAUGUAUGCCUACGAACCCAAUGACGUCAAACUACUGAAAAACAACAUGAAGAAGGCCAAGAAACUCCUCAAGUCUGAGCUUUGAGACGCAGCUGUCGCUUCAGCCGACGAGUGGAAACAAGUCGUUCUGCUCACGUCUUCGCUCCGAAGCUCUCCUUGCUUCCGCCCGCUUAUCCACGUUGCCUUUGCAAAUAAAUUGGAAAACGCUGA